AUGUGUGAUAAUGCAGCGGCAGCCUUCAUGGCCAUCAAGAAAGCCAGAUUGAAGACAGUGACAUCAAUGAGCUACAGAAGCAUCACUUUCAUUGUCACAUCUCCUCCUGCUUCUUUUGCAGCUGCAGCAGUUCUGCUGGUUGAUGUGUCUGUGUUCAGUUCAUCCUCUAUCCUCUCUGCCGCUGUUGUGACUCUGCCCGCUCCCUCAGUCAAUACAGUGGCAUAUGAUUCUGUGUGGUCAUUUGAAGAGGAAUCUGAAGAGAGCUUGAUUCUGGGAACAGUGACUCUGAGAAGCUUAAUCUGUAGUUCCUCUCCUGCAGCCUGUCUGAGCCCUGCUCAGAAUACUGCUGAGUUGAGUCUGCAGAAUUCUGCAGUUCCUUUGUCUUCUCUCUGUGAGAAGGCUUCAGUGUGA